AUGAUUUCUCUGUCGAUUAGACAGGGUUUGCAUCAGAGACAUAUUCAAAUGAUUGCAUUGGCCGGUGCGAUUGGAACGGGUCUAUUCCUCGGCUCUGGAAAAGCAAUCGCUCAAGCCGGGCCCCUAGGAGCUUUUCUGGGAUAUACAUUCGUCGGAAUGCUCGCUUGUGGACCAGUCUUGAGCAUUGCAGAAAUGAGCGCUUUGAUACCAUUGUCAGGCGGAAUCGUGCGACAUGCAGAAUUACUAGUAGAUCCUGCUCUAGCUUUUGCGAACGGAUGGAAUACCAUCUACAGCUACAUGGUAUCCCUCCCAGCAGAACUAGUAGCCGCCGCAAUUCUCGUAGACUUUUGGUCCUCGAUCAACAACGCCGUAUGGAUUACCAUCUUUGGCCUCCUCCUCAUUGCGAGCAACAGCAUUCUCGUUCGAAUUUACGGCGAAUUAGAAUUUUUUUUCGCGAGCUUGAAAAUUCUGUUGAUUGUGGGUGUCAAUAUUAUGGCUUUGGUCAUUGUUUGUGGAGGGGGACCGGAUCAUCAUACAUAUGGUUUUCAAUACUGGAGACGGCCGGGUCCGUUGGUGCAGUAUUUGGGCAUCGAGGGGAGUACGGGGAGAUUUCUUGGAUUCUGGACAGUCUUCAAUAAUGCCGUAUACGCCUACUCCGGCAUCGAAAACGUCUCCCUCCCAGCCUCCGAAACCAGCAAUCCUCGCAGAAACAUCCCCAUCGCAGCGAAGCGAAUUUUCUGGCGAGUGGGAAUCUUCUACAUGCUAUCCAUAUUCAUGGUCGGCCUCGUCGUGCCCAGUACCGACGAGAAUCUGCUCAAUUCAUCCGGCACAGCAGCAGCAUCGCCUUUUGUAAUUGCAGCGAGUCGAGCUGGGAUUAAAAUUGUCCCUUCGAUUAUCAAUGCUGUGGUGUUGACCAGUGCGUGGUCGUCGGGGAAUUCGGGCUUGUUGAAUAGCUCUCGCACACUAUAUGGUCUCGCGCAAGAAGGGCGUGCGUUUAAAAUUUUCAAACGGACGAAUCGUCUUGGGAUACCGUAUGUGGCUGUGGGAUUCAUGUCUUUGUUUAUUUGUCUGGGAUAUAUGACUCUGUCACAAAGCGCCUCAACCGUCUUCACCUGGCUCCAAGAUCUCGUCUCAGUAUCCACCCUCGUGAACUGGACCGUCAUCUGCAUCGUCUAUCUCCGAUUCUUCUACGCCAUGAAAAAACAAGGCAUCAACCGAAAUCGACUUCCCUGGAAAAGUCCCUUGCAGCCCUAUCUCGCCUGGAUUACCGCAGCGUUUUUUAUUCUUCUCCUCUUAACCGGCGGCUACACUACUUUUCUCCACGGACACUGGAGUACCGAAACCUUCAUAUCCUCCUACAUCAACAUCCCCAUUGUAAUACUCGCCUAUUUCAGUUACAAAUUCAUCUUCAAGACACAAAUUUUGUCGCUCGAAAAAGUCCCUGUGCUUCGAUAUAUUGAAAUUGCAGAGCAGAAUUUGGAAGCGCCUGCUAAGCCGGUUACGGGGUGGAGAAGAUUGAAUAUUUUGUGGAGUUGA